GCCGCCUUUCACGCACGCUACUCCAGACCUUCGCCCAAGAACCCUGCCCCCAGGCUUCCGACCACCUCAUCGCCCGCCUUGCAACCCCAUUCUUCUCAUGCCCGCACCCCUGUGCAGAAACCCUUGACGGCCGAUGCUGCCACACAGUACACUCCCGAAGGUUACCCACCAACUGCCAACAGACUCGCUGGCAACAAACGCAGAGGCUCCUCUCCGCCAGCCUCAUCGUCCGACUCUCAUCCAGAGACAAGCCUCCCUGAGCGCCCUAUCAUCAACACAGACACGAUGACUACUUCUCCCGGAGCCCCCCGCACUCAGCCGAACGCCCAUGUCAAGAUGAAUCCCGAUAUCAAGAUCAUGCCUCUCAAAUAUGAGACAUGCGACCCCAAGGAUCUAGGCUACUUGAUCAGCAAUAUGCUCCUGGAAUUGAUUUCUCUCAACGACAAGAUCNCCCUGACCGGCCGCCUGACAAGAUUCCACUCGAGAAACUCUCUAACAAAUCACGCANGGGCUCCGCCUGGCAUCUCAUGUCACGAUUAUUUGCAACGUCUAAUCCAGCAUGCUACUCUGUCGCCACCAAUCCUCCUCUCUGUCGUCUACUAUAUCGAUCUCUUGUGCUCACUCUAUCCGUCCUUCACCAUCAGCUCUCUUACAGUCCAUCGCUUCCUUAUUACGGCUUCCACUGUCGCUGCCAAGGGCCUGAGUGAUAGUUUCUGGACGAACCCUACUUAUGCGAGAAUUGGCGGUAUUAGCGUCAGUGAACUUGCCACCCUGGAGAUGGAGUUCUUGGAAAAGGUCCAAUGGCGCAUCGUUCCUAAGCCAGAGGUACUGGUUGACUACUAUGUUAGUCUUGUUCAGAGGAACUCGGGCUAUCAACUCGAGGCCGCUACCGAGGCAGAUCCAACC